AUAACACUUCUCCUCUUUCAAAAAAGAGAACACAGAGAGACCUCAGAUAGAUGAACAGAGAGAAGUCAGGAGACAGUCCAUUUCCUCUCGCUCUCCAUCAUCUUCACGAAUUUCAAAUAUACAUUAGCCAAUCGCCUGAAUCCUCUAUUCAGAGAUUCAACACCUCCUGCCCGGCUCACUCUGUCCUCGUUUUCUACAGAUAAGGAUAACAGUUGUACAUAGAUAUUCUCACUCCUCGGUCUCUGUAUAUCAGCCCCAAAACCCUUUUUUUUUAAAGCUCCGCUGUAUUAAAGUCCCAUGCCUUGGGAGCUCCUCCGCAGGAUUAUCCAUUCAAUCUUUCAAGUUCCGAUUUUGUUCAGCUUCUCUUGUCAUGGCGGACGAAUUUGAUGAAGAGGAGGUCUGGGCUAUGGCGAGAGAAACUAAAGACGAUAAAUUGAAGACCAGGAAGCUCAAAGAUGCCUCCUUUUUCCUGUCGAUGAAAGCCUCCCCUGCUUCAAGUAAGAUACCAAGAUCAACUAAAACAGUCGGGGAAGAGAGGAGCAGUGCAGCCCCUAUUCAGCAAUCCGCACCUGUUACAAUUCCCAACUGGUCUAAAAUAUUCAGUAACAGCGAAAGGGAAGAUGAAGAAGGUGAAGAUGAAGACAGGGUUCCUCCGCACGAGUGGAUUGCGAAGAAGAUGGAGAGGAAUCAGAUCCCUUCUUUUUCUGUUUGUGACGGAGAAGGAAGAACACUUAAAGGAAGAGAUCAACGUAGAGUGAGGAAUGCAGUUCUCACCAGAACUGGAUUCUUAGAGUAAAGCUUUUAUCCGUACUAUUAAUGGCGACUUUUGUUUUAAUUUUUUAUUUUUCUUAUUAAUGUUAGUUAUUGUCUAGUUUUGUGUGAUCUCUCCGGGCGGGGUGAGAUGAUUUUGUCCGGGUAAGUUGGUUUAAUA